AUGGACGAGAAUGGAUCUCUCUAUGUCACUGACUGGGUAAAAGAUGAAGUGAGGCGAUAUCGAAGAGGAGAAUGUCAAGGAACAGUGGUUGCAGGUGGCAAUGGGCGUGGAAAUGGUCUCGAUCAACUCUUUUACCCACACUACGUAUUCGUCGAUCGAGAUCAUUCAGUGUACGUGUCUGAUUGGGGAAAUGAUCGUGUGAUGAAAUGGGUGAAAGGUGCAAAGCAAGGCAUUGUCGUGGCUGGUGGUCAAGGAGGAGGAAAUGGUCUUACACAAUUGUCAUAUCCUAAAGGAGUCGUUGUCGAUCAAUUGGGCACUGUCUAUGUGGCUGAUUGGGGAAAUGCUCGAAUCAUGCGUUGGCCCAAAGGAACCACACAGGGAAGUGUCAUUGUUGGUGGAAACGUGCGUGGUAAUUGUGAUGGUGAUAUGAGUAAUAAUCCUGCAUAUCGUCUUUGUUGGCAUACAGGUGGUACAGCAGGUGGAUAUCAAUGUGGAAGUAUGGGCAAUCUUGAUAAUUCAAAUAGUUGGGAAAAAUUAAUUUAUCAUGCAAUGUAA